GUGAAGAAGCUCGCUGGCUCGCUUUCAUUGCCGCUGUUUUCUGUGCUCGAUGUUCGGUAUGCGAAAUAGCCUUCGAGCGCAUCGGCGUUCCUUCGCUGCCGCGAUUCAACUGCCCACAUUUUAGAAGGGUCAUGCUAUUAAGGUCAGGUGCACGGAUCUAGAAACAAACGGCAAAAUCUAGCCAUUCAGGCGGUGGACGACAAAAACCUUUUGAUUCAAGGCCGACUGGAGUUUAGGGUCGUCCACCCAACCUAGGUAGUACGCUAAAGUCGGUAGCAGUUCGCGAUGACAUAGGCGCCGCGUCUCUCGUGUAGUCCCGAACUGAAAGUUCGUUUCGUGUUAGUCUUCGUGUUUUAACUUAGUGUACGCCCACAGUAGGCGACCGAACGUCGCUAUGAGCGAUCGCUGACGCACUUGGUGGUCGAUUGCCGCUCAUGUCAACGUACUACGCCUGAGGGGCCCGUCUAAUCCUCAAGCGCGCAAGAUGUACAGCUUCGAGGGAGAGUUCAGGAAAAGACCGCAGCAAUCGCUGGGAGGUGCAAGCAAAAAGGUUGGCCGGGAUGAUCUCCUACGGAAGAGUGCUCUUCGGAGGCAAAAUCGUGAGGAGAGUCGGCGUCAAGAAGAGGCUGCACUCAAGAUCAAAGCCUACGCCAGGGGUUUCCUGAGCCGCCGGCGUCUGGCCCGUGAACUUCGCCAGGGGUUCGACGCAACUUCGAGGGUUUCGAGCGACCUGGGCCCGCUUUUGCGCUCACUCCCACUCUUUUAUGAUGCCCAGGUAGACGCGGAGCGUUUGGCCUGGUUGAGUCACCAAGUGUUGCUCCGUAAAGACGAAGUCGCCAGCCAGGCAGAUGAUCCUGCAUGGCGUCUGCGAAUCCGCCGUCUCCUUGCACUCAACGUCAUGUCCCUGCAGAGGUCGAGCUUCCCAACGGCACCCGCACUUCGUCUCCUGGAGGUACUGGGCUCGGCCGAGGCAUACCACCGCUGCUUCCGGGGAUUCCUCUCGGAAGAGGAACGGGCUGCUCGGCUGCGGUCGUGGCUGCAGCAGCUGUGGCUCCACCUGGCCUGCCGGUGCGACCUGUUCGUGCGCUUGCACAGUCACCUGGAAACACGGGUACCGGACCCAGGCCCCAAUGAAGAAGGCAUGCUUCAGGUGGUGACGCCACAGGCACAGGCCAUGGUGGACCUGCUGCUCCUGCCACUCGUCAAGCCAGUGGCCAAUGGCCCCGAAUGCGGCGACUAUCAGUGCGAGAUCAUUGCCUGCCUCCUGACAGGUCUUCUUGGUGACUGCCCUCAGGUUGUGCGAGUCGUGUUGCCGGCGCUGGCCAGUCGGUGGCCCUACCCUGGCGAGCCCCUGCUUCGAGCGGUACUCAGCCUGGAGCCUUCGCCAUGGCUGUUCCAAGCCCUCCUGCGACUGUCAUCACCCGCGGAGCCACUGUUCAUUGCUGCUGCGGCACAUCUUUCACCCUGUCUCGCUCAGAAAGUGGAGAAGUCCAGCUACGAAGACCUAGAUGAGCUGAGCCCCGUGGACGAAAUUUGGAGUGGUGAUGGCUACUCGUCCUCGACGUCACUUGCCGACGAGGCGCUGGAGGAUGUGCUGCAGCUGCUCAAUGCGCCGGCCACUGUGAACACGUUCCUGGAGGCUGCACUGUCGAGCCGCGAGAACCUCCCUGCACUGUGCCAGCUGGGCUGGGCCCUGGUGCAGCGGCGUCCGCUGGCCCUGCACCACUUCCGGCUUCUCUACACGCUGGCCUUCCGACCUCAGUUCCUGCGACAGCUCUGGGAGGCACUCAAGGACGUUCGUGCUCCGUCACUGUUUGUGCCUGGUGGAACGCCGGUUAUGCAGCUGCUCUCAUCUGGGAUCUGCCCGCCAGACAACUGGGCCGAGCCCUUUUCGAGCCAGCUGAACCUGUUCUGCAGCCUGCUUGCCCACCUGCUGCCAACGCUGCACGACGUCGAGUUUUACGAGUCUCCUGCGGGCGACCCCAUGCCCUUCUCGCUGGACGAGCUGGUCUCACUGAUCGCACAGCUGCGCGAGCUCUGUCUAGGUCUGCUGGAGCUGUGCUUUCCCGACACCCGGACCAGCCUGACACCCCAGCAGCUGCAGUACCUGAAGACCCUCUGGAGGCCCAUGUUCGAGUGCGUAGUCUCGCUGCUGCGACAGUUGUACGCCCGGGACUCGAGACGGUCCUUCUGCCCUGAAGGCCACUGGGUUUCACCUCGGACGGCUAUCUGUCCGGAUCGAGUGCCAAACUGGAACCUGGAAAUUCAACGGCUACCAACGUGUGGUGCGGAAGCAUUGACUCGGAAACAGCUUGAGGAAAGCGGGCCGCCAUUGUCAACCAGCGAGCUUCGCAGUGCGGCGAUUCUCCAGGAAAUGCCCUUUGCCGUGCCAUUCCCUGUCCGUGUUAGGGUACUACAGAGCCUGAUAGCACGCGACAAAUCUGAGAACAAUCGGGAGCAGUCUCACUUCAUGCUGGGCCCCCAGAUAGAGGUCAAGGUGCGGCGGGACUACAUCUAUGAAGACGCCUUUGAGAAGUUCUCCGGCGAGCCCAACCUGAGGUUGCGGCUGCGUGUCCAGCUCAUCAACGUGGCGGGUCUUGAGGAAGCGGGCAUUGAUGGUGGAGGUCUGCUGCGAGAGUUCCUAGCUGAGCUGAUGAAGACGGCCUUCGAUGCAAACAGGGGCCUCUUUCGGUGUACACACGACCGACGCCUCUACCCAAACCCGGCGGUCGCUCAGCUGCCAGACUAUGCCGACGGUCAGGCGACGCGUCACUACGCCUUUGUCGGCCGUCUGCUCGGCAAGGCUCUCUACGAGGGAAUGCUGGUGGAGCUGCCGCUGGCGCACUUUUUCCUCGCCAAGUUGGUGGCACAUGGGCGCGGCGACCUCGACCUUCACCACUUGGCGUCCCUCGAGCCGCAAGUCUACCGCAACCUCUUCUUUCUCAAGAGCUACAAGGGCGAUGUGGCUGAACUCGGGCUGGACUUUACCGUGAUGACAAGCCAGCUGGGCAACAGCAUAGUAGAGGAGCUGAAGCCGAACGGAGCCACAAUACCGGUGACGGCCGCAAAUCGCAUCGAGUACAUGCACCUGCUCGCCGCCCACUUACUCAAUGCGCAGCUGCGGCAACAGUGCCUCGCAUUCCGACAGGGCUUGGAGGAGCUGCUGCCAGGCCACUGGCUGCGCCUGUUUGCACCGCACGAGCUCCAAGUGCUGGUGUCGGGCGCUCCAAACCCCAUCGACCUGGAGGACCUGCGCGAGCACACCCACUACGAGGGCGGCUACAACCCUACGCACCCCGUUGUCCAGGCUUUCUGGCGCGUCCUGGAGGGCUUCGACGAGCGACAGCGACGCCUCCUCCUCAAGUUUGUCACCAGUUGCUCGAGGCCUCCACUGCUGGGAUUCAAGGACCUGGUACCUCAGUUCUGCAUCCACUCAGCAGGCCCAGAGCCUGGACGCCUUCCCACAGCAUCGACAUGCAUGAACCUGCUCAAGCUACCUGAGAUCACUGACGAGGUGCAGCUGCGCGAAAAGCUGCUGUACGCCAUCGAGUCUGGCGCGGGCUUCGAGCUUAGCUAACAGCAGCCCCGGAGACCACUUCGUUCCAUGGGGAGAGGCGUUGAACAAACGACACGCUCAGGUUGUGUGCGUGCUCGCUGGGAUCCCACUUCAGCUCGCCAGCGGCUUGCCGGUGUCUCGCCAAUGCCCGCUACGCAAACGUACCUCGCGGAGGUUGCAAAGCAGCAUUCCCAGCACUUCCCUGAUUGUGAUAUGAAUGUGGGAGGGGCCAAGCGUUUUUGGGGGUGGAGAG